AUGCCCUUGACCCCAGGUGACAGCGAUACCGAAGUACCCAGUGGACUUUCUCAGAAGGCCGGACGCAGGCGCAUCGCAAGUGAGAUGGCCGGGCGCAAGCGCACCGCAAGUGAGAUGGAAGAUGACGCCUCAACAAGCAGGUCGGCAGACACUGGCUCCGACACCGACACUGACCUCGACCAGAGCAGCGAGAGCAGUGGAGCAGGCACUAGGGCUGCCAGUGGCGCCGACGGUGCAGACGGCUCAGAAACAAUUGAGGCCGACGUCGACGAUGAAUUCGAUGUACAGUGCCCGCCACGCCCAAGACGUGGGAAGCAGGCCGCUGCGGACGAUGUGUUUGAGGGAACGGACGCACCGUCACUCGCCCCUCAACUCGAGGUAGACUAUGCUAUAAGGCCAGGCUCAAAGUGGAAGAGCCUAGGCGUUUUCAGGAAUGCCAAAUUCAAAAACCCUACGGUCGUGAUCUAUACUGUGGGCCAGAUUGUGUAUAUCAAUCGGCACAACCCUGUUCCACCGCCGCCUCCAGUCGACGCUUCUGAAGAAGAGAGAUUAGAGUAUGACAAAGCCAACUUCUGGGUUGGUUUGAUAGCCGAGAUCCGAGCCGAGAACCACGCAAAGGUCUAUGCCAGGGUGUUCUGGUUCUACUGGCCAGAGGAGUUGCCCAUGGGCAGACAGCCUUAUCAUGGCCGACAGGAGUUGAUCUUGAGCAAUUGUGUCGACGUUGUCGAAACACACUCGAUUGCAUCCCAUGCCGAAGUGAGCCACUGGGACGAGAACGACGAUUCCAACCAGAAUUUUCUUUUGGAACGAUACUGGCGGCAAACCUUGGACGUUAAGAUAAGGGGUCACAAUGCUUUGAGCAAACUGCGGACAUACUGCAUAUGUGGAGGGUAUGACACCCCGCAAGUGGAAAUGUACCAGUGCCAUACUGUUGGCUGUGGAAUGUGGAACCAUGAGGCAUGCUUGGUUAAGGACCUGGAGCGACGGGCCUGGAAGCAAUUCAAACAAGGGCGCCUGACGCACGAGGUCCCCGAGAAAAUGCAAGACAAAAGAUUCACUCAGAAAGUGGGUGAGACGCUGGGCCAUAUUGUCAACCUAGGACUCGGAAGAGCAGAGGCCAAGGACGAGGCCGACUCAGAAGUCACACCUGCUGCUAAAGGCACCAAGAAGCUCAAGGGCAAGAAGAACCCAUGGGCUGGCAAAUUGAAGGGCAAAAUCGUGAAGGUUGGGGAGGACAUUCACCAGGCUUAUGUGACACAACUGGUUCCCACGGCAAGCAGCAAGCUAGCGUGGCAGUCCGAGCCCAAUGUAUGGCGCAUGAAGAUGAGUUGCCUCAAGUGCAGGCAGCUAUUGGAUUGA